AACACUACCAUUAAUCCCAUAACUAUUUUUUUUUUACGCGGCGGAUAGUUUGAAGAAUCGGAAAGAGACGCCCACAUCAGUCUCUUCUUCCCAAAUCCCAACCCUGGAGCCCUUUUCCCCCGACCACCUCCAUUUGCUGCCGGCGAGUACCUCGUUUCUACUCCCAGCAGAAGAAUGCCCCCGAUCAGAAGCUUCACUCUUACACCUUCCCGCCUGAAAGACAUCCUCCUCCUCUUCUCCCUCCUCGCCGUAGUCUACCUCACCUUUCGCAACCCUCUGCCACGACCACCGCCGUCAGAUCGCGGCGAGCUCCCCUCGUCUUCAACCCCCACCACCCGCAGCCACAUCCUCUUCUCCAUAGCCUCAUCCUACGGUGUCUUCCUCCGCCGCAAACCUUACAUCAGCCUCUGGUACGACCCCAACUCCACCCGUGCUUUCGCCUUCCUAGACGCCGCCCCGGCCGAUCUCCCCUCCGAUCUCCCUCCGGUAAUAAUCUCAGAGGACACAUCUCGCUUCCCUUACACAUUCAAGGGCGGGCUGCGAUCUGCAAUCAGAGUUGCGCGGGUUGUGAAGGAAGCCGUCGAGCUCAAUCAAACCGGCGUGCGGUGGUUCGUCUUCGGCGACGACGAUACGGUUUUCUUCGUCGAUAAUUUGAUCAAGACGCUGUCGAAGUACGAUCACACGCGGUGGUUCUACAUCGGGAGCAAUUCCGAGAGCUACGAGCAGAACAUGAAGCAUUCAUUCGAUAUGGGCUUCGGCGGUGGCGGUUUUGCAAUCAGUUCCCCCUUGGCUAGGGUUUUAUCUAGGGUUUUAGACUCUUGCUUGGUGCGUUACUCCCAUUUGUACGGAAGCGAUGCCAGGAUCUUCUCUUGCUUGGCCGAGUUGGGUGUUGGGCUGACUCACGAGCCUGGCUUCCACCAGGUUGACUUGCGGGGGAAUUUAUUCGGGUUGCUUUCAGCUCAUCCAUUGUCGCCAUUGAUAUCUCUUCAUCAUCUGGAAGCUUCAACCCCUGUUUUCCCCACUAUGAACCAAACUCAAGCUAUGGAACAUCUUUUCCAGGCUGUGCAUGCCGACCCUACUAGGAUUUUGCAGCAAGUAGUUUGUUAUGACCACACAAAUUCCUUCACUGUUUCAAUCGCGUGGGGCUAUUCGAUUCAGGUGUUUGAAGGAAAUGAGCUUCUUCCUGAUCUUCUCUCGCUGCAGCAGACCUUUUCUCCGUGGAGAAGACAUCGAAACCCACUUGCUGGCUAUUACAUGUUCACCAUGAGACCCUAUCCUAAAGAUCCAUGCAAAAGGCCUGCUGUCUUCUUUAUGAAAAAUGUUAAGUCUGGUGAAGACGGGAUUUGGAGCAGUUACACUAGGCACAAUGUUGAGGAUUGCUCUAGGGCUUCUAGGGCCAUAAAUAAUCUCGAGUACAUCAAGGUAUCAUCGGAUAAAUUGAAGCUUGAUGCUGAACAGAUUUGGGCUCUACGUCGGCAGUGUUGUGAUGUUUCCUCCUCAUCUGAGAAAUCCAUGGUUAUUAGAAUCAGGCAGUGCGGAAAUAAUGAACUGAUUGCCAUGCAUCUAUAGCGAUUCUGGAAUAUGUAUACAUGUUUUAUACUGAAAGUACUUUGGAGCUUGAAUCAGUAGCAUGCCAGUGUUUAAAUCAUUGGUAGUUAUUCUUGGCUUGUAUGCUCUGCUUCAUUUGAUAAUUUAUAUCUUCGUGGGUGUGACCGCUUCAUUUCAUUAAUAUCAUUCCCUUGUCUUCUUUUAGGAAAGAGAAAAUUGCAAGAAUUCUGUUGCUCGGUUCCACCUCACUGCUGAAGAAUUUGAGAGUGGCCUUGAUGGGUCAAAACAGACUUCUGCUAAUAUCUGUUGACUUGUUUACUUGGCUCGAGCUCUCAAGUAGAGACCCCCCUAAACUUGCUUUGAUGUGAAUAGCAUACUUCGACGGAAUCUGUUUUAUGAUCUGGGUUUGUAGAUAGAGAUUGAAAGAAAUGUCACAUCAUAUCGACCAACUCCAAGCUGGACAGAUUAUAUGAAUGACUCAUCUGUGGUAUUCUUCUACUCAGCUCUGUCGUUCAGUUGUGUAUUGUUGUGAAAGCAGUAUACAGUCUCUCUCUCUCUCUCUCUCUCUCUCUCUCUCUCUCUCUUGUCUUGUAAGAAAUGAUAGAUUAUUAGAUAUGAACAUUGUAUUCUCAUGUAGGUUUUGAUUUCUGGAGUAAGUGCUGAUUCUGUUUCCAGAUUCUUCGAAGUCGAGGGGUUUUCAUUCACGUCCAGAGAUCAGCAUCUUUAAAAGGUUAGGAAAGUGAAAGGUGUUUGUUCUCUUCGUAAGGAAUUAAAAGGGAUUGGAUCUUUAACUUUGCCUUCAAUAUCUGUAACCAAUUUUUAUGAAUCGAAGCAAUACUAUAGCCCUCCUUUUUUGGGAGUUCGGGCUACUGACAGAUGGUUCUCAUUUUUAAGUAUUGCAAGGAGUAAACAUGCAGUAACUACUAAGUAGGUUGACUCAAACCAGGUUGAUGAACCCCUUUGCUUUGGAUCUGUUCAAAAUAAUUUUUUUCGUAACAUGUACUAAUUGAAUUGAAAAACAAGCUGCACAUGUGACAUCACCAUACAUAUAAUGAAUAAAACUUAGACCUAAUUCAUGUUCAUAUGAUGCAUUUGUUUUCUAUUGAGUUGUACGCUGCAGAAACUGCUAUUUUCCUUUUCAACUUAUCUACGCUAUACCAUUCUGUUUACUUUUCUGUUGAAGAAAUGGCAACAUAAACCAUUCUGUUGACU